CUUCGAGAUAUCUUUGGCUCUAACAUCAACAAUUGAGACCCCUCAGCAACUUAACAAUAUCAAUGAAAAGGAGACAUGCCACCCAGAUCACGUCCAACACAUUUCCUCUGCCUCCCAAUUUAUUACACCUCGACACAUGCUUCUUUAUCCAAAUCCCUCGCAACCUUCAUCUCAAGGACCGCAAAUGUUCUCACUUCGGAGAAUCAUCACGGUGUCCCAGAAGACGCGAUGAGAUCAGUUGGUACGGUAUGUGCUCUUUUUAUGGUGUGCUUUGAGUCAAUCCUUGUGGGUUUUUUUUGAAAGGACUUUUAUUGUUCUUCGACUUAUCUUGAGUUGCCACGACAGUAAAAGUUGUUGUAGUCAGCUCAUCGCUCGGAUUUCUAGCAAAACUUGAUAUAUCACAUUUGGUUUUCUUGGACGAUGAAUACUGUCGUUCUAGGAAUUCCGUGUUUAACUUCCAAGCCGUUCUCGAUAUUUGAGGAAAGGUUAUCUCAAAACUACGAGAGGCGUUUGUUGCUGCUUGGUUCGAUGACAGCUUGAGCUUCUCUCAAGCGAGUAGUUCUCCACUUUCCUGCCCUCUGUCUCCUUGUAACCAAUGCCUCUCAAAGCAAUGGAAUCUUUAUUUUAUGGAUUCAAAGAUGACAUAUGAAAGAGAGCUAGACCACUACAGUUCAUAGAGUCAAAUCCACUGUUGCAGUAUUCCUUUGAUUGGUUAACGUUUCUAGCAUUUCUCUUAUUUUGUAUGUAAAGGAGAACUUCAGCCAGAGAUAUCAAAACACCAUAUAGUGAUGACGAUUGAUGCUAUGAGGAUAAUGGAGUAAUAUAAGGUUUUACAUGGAUUGAGGAUAUGAGGGCUGAGAGAUUAGCUAUCAGCCUAUCUGUAAGGCGGGUGCUAAAAGAACUGAUGAUGCAAGUAUUUUCGAGGAGUAUGAGCAAGAGAUGUGGGUCGAGAUGACUUGAUCAGAAUGGGGAUUUUGAGAAAUGGUUUGUAUAUCGGAAAAAUGUGUUGCCUAGUCGAAUUGGGAGAACCGAGGGAAAGAGAGGACUUUGUGAAUUUACUAAACAGCUUGAGGAGCAAUCCAAUUUAACCGAGUAAUUCUAUUACCAUGGUGUUACUGAAUCAAUUCAAGGUCAUCAUAUUCCACGAAUCAUCGACAUCCGACCAUGAAAACAAAGCCGAAAACCCAUACGAGUAGCCCUGAAACUUCAGUCCAAGAAAAACAUCGCGAUUCUCUUAUUCCCGUCGUCCCGAGCCGCCUUGGUGGAACAAGCAUUUCUCAUUUACCACUUCAGGAAUCACAGCCUCAAAUCUAUGUUCUUUUUCCCCAGACCGUACUACCCCAGAAAUCAAAUGUAAGCUUAUACCCGCGACACAUCGAAACCUAUCCCAUCGGGCUCAGAAGACGGGAAAUAGCGCACAGAAUAAGGAAGGAAAAACCAUAAAGUAAGCAUAUUAUUGAUGUGGACUUGAUUACUUACACAGGUUACACAGAGACAUGAUGCGACCUGUGACCAAGACAGUGACAAAAGAAAAAGUCUUCACGCAGAGUUCUCGUAUUCAGAGAUGCACAGUAAGCAACUCGGGUAUCACUAUCGGAUCACACUUGGUGGACUGGAGACUAGUAAGUCGCAACUACCUCCUUGCUCGGCCGAUAUCGAUGGCGAUGCUCAAAAAAUAUAGCGAGUAUAGGGAUGUGCAAUCUUACGAAGUCGUUUUUGGCGGUGGUUUUCUGCUAAGAACAUUCCGCCCCACGAGAAAAUAUAAGAUAUAAAGCCUCCCUCCCUUCAAUUUCUCAAUCCACACCAACAUUCACAUAUCCAGGAAGCCUCUCGAUUAUCCUGCCAUCUCUCUCUCUCUCUCUCUCGGGAAAGAAUCGAAGUCCAAAAAACAAAAAUGCACAUUUCAACUCUCCUCCCGCUCUCCCUCCUCGCCCUUCCGGUUCUUGGAACCCCCCUCUUCCAAAACCCAGGCACAAUAACAGGCUGGGACGAGACCCCCGUCCCCGAGCAUGAUGGCACCAUAACCGAAGUAUCCAACAUCUUCUACAAAGGGCCCACAGCUCUAAAAAUGACACAAACGUAUGAUAGCUCUUACUCCGGCCGGUACCACUCGGAGGUGAAGAAGUAUAAUGUGGAGAAGCGAGGGGAUGAGGGGUUCUAUGGUUUUGCGUUUAGAUUGCAUUCUGAGUGGGAUUUUCAGGGGACGCAGAGUUACGAUAUCUGUAAGUGGAAGAAGUAUUUGGGAUGGAAAACAAGAAGGGAUGAAGACUAAUGCGAUAUACUUGUAGCACAAUUCAUAGCAGACUUCAGCAACACAGGCUGUGACGACUACAUGCCCUCAACCAUGAUCUACCUCCGAGGCAACCAACUCGCCACCCGCCGCAAAUACGGAGACGUCUGUCCCAAGUCCGCACAAAAGAUUGAGGCCUUUGAGAACCUCGCUACUGUGAGUGCUGGAACAUGGCAUCGCAUCGUCGUGCAGGCACGCUGGAGAUCCGAUAACACGGGCUUCUUGAAGCUCUGGUUUGAUGGGACCAAGGUGUUGGAGACGUUUGAUGUCGCUACUACGGUUACUGAUGGAAGGGCUUUCCAGUUCCGUGUUGGGUUGUAUGCUAAUGCUUGGUUUGAUGAGAAGAGGUUGGUGGGUAGUGGGGAUCGUCAGGUUUGGUUUGAUAGUAUUGGAGCGGGGAGUGAGUUCAAGGAUGCUGACCCUGACCAGUGGUCUUGAGAGGGUGUUGAUGAGAGAUUGAUAUGGUUGUGUCUAGAGAAUGGAUACUUAUUGGAGGUAGUGGUCUGGCAGACGUUGGAAAUUGAUUUGCUUACAGCCUUACACUCUGGUUCACGUACGAGUGGGAUAUGUUAUUUAGGUCAAACAGCCCCUAGGGCACUAUGUGGCUAUUCAAACUCUACAAAGCGGAACCUAGGCCACCAGACGAAGCCUGUGCCCAGUCAUUGUAGUGCGAUUUGUAUGGAUCGUUUAGGAAUUUGCUUGUUCGUAGAGAACUUGAUUUGUAGAGAGCUUGAUUUGUAGAGAGCUUGUUGUAUAGACAGUUUGAUUUGUAGAGAUUUGCUUGCUUGUAAAGAGAUUGAUUGUCUGCAGAGA